AUGUCUGCUGCUAACAAGAUCAUUUCUGAAAAGCCAACUGAAUUAGAAUUGAAAGUUGCCCAAGCUUUCGUUGACUUAGAAGGUCAAACUGACUUAAAGGCUGAUUUAAGACCAUUACAAUUCAAAUCCGUUAAGGAAAUUGAUGUUAACGGGGGUAAGAAGGCUUUAGCUGUUUUCGUCCCACCACCAAGUUUACAAGGUUACAGAAAGGUUCAAACCAGAUUAACCAGAGAAUUGGAAAAGAAGUUCCCAGACAGACAUGUUGUCUUUUUAGCUGAACGUAGAAUCUUACCAAAGCCAUCUAGAAAGGCUAGAAAGCAACAAAAAAGACCAAGAUCAAGAACCUUAACUGCUGUUCAUGACAAGAUCUUAGAAGAUUUAGUUUUCCCAACUGAAAUCAUCGGUAAGAGAGUUAGAUACUUAGUCGGUGGUAACAAGAUCCAAAAGGUUUUAUUAGAUUCUAAGGAUUCCACUGCUGUUGAUUACAAGUUAGAUUCUUUCCAACAAUUAUAUUCUAAGUUAACUGGUAAGCAAGUUGUCUUUGAAAUUCCAAGUGAAACUCAUUAA